AUGCAACCAGCCACAUCCGCCUCUCAAGAUAACAACAAAUCUCAGGAAAAGGAUAACUGGAUCGUCAAAGGAUACGCUUGGAACCCCCAAUGCGUUAUUGCUUAA